GUAAAGCAUUCAAUCAAAAAGAAGAAAUUAAAAGUGAAAAUGGCUAAAAGUGUAAAUGCUACUGGUUUCAUCACUUAUAUGGUGAUUUUCUUGAUUUUAACAGUAGGAAUAUCAAGAGUAAAGGCUAAGAAGCCACCAUGUCUAGAAGGCCGAACCGCAUAUGUGUCACCUGGUCCUUGUAGUAACAGUCUAUGCACACAAGAUUGCAGGCCUGCUGGUUAUCACACUGGCAAAUGUAAAGUUGAGUGGUCAACACCAAUUUGUAAAUGUUAUGGAUGCAGAAAGGUGUAGACUCGGCAGAUCUUAUGUGCAAUAAUAUUAUUCAGUAUCAUGUUUUUUUGGAGCUGUAUCAAUAAUAACAAGUCAAAAGGACUUUGUAGUAACGUGCUUCUCGAAUCCAGUUAUAAAUUCCAAAAUCCAUCACUUUGUUGUUG